AUGGACGCUCCUACGAUUCAGAACAAGUUCCUCUCGAAGCCAAACGAGCUAGGUCUCGUCGCUGUAGGCUUCUCAGGUGGACAAUGCAAGCCAGGUACCGAAGCAGCGCCCAUGGCCCUGAUAGAAUCAGGCCUUGUGGACCAGCUGAAAGACGACCUCAAGUACUCCAUCUACUACGACGGCAAAGUCCACGCGUACGGCGAGCUCAUGCCCGACGACGACCCGGACUACCGCAACAUGAAGAAGCCCCGCGCCGUCUCCGCCGUCACCAAGCAGCUCAGCAGCCAAGUCUACGAACACGCCCGUGACGGCCGCUUCGUCCUCACCCUCGGCGGCGACCACUCCAUCGCCAUCGGCACCAUCUCCGGCACGGCAAAAGCCAUCCGCGAGCGGCUGGGCAGAGACAUGGCGGUGAUCUGGGUGGACGCACACGCGGAUAUCAACACGCCGGAGACGAGCGACAGCGGCAACAUCCACGGGAUGCCCGUGUCGUUCCUGACGGGGCUAGCAAAAGAAAGCGAGGACAAGCCCUUCGGCUGGCUGAAGGACGACCAGCGCAUCAGCGUCAGCAAGCUGGUCUACAUCGGCCUGCGCGACGUCGACCGCGGCGAGAAGAAGAUCCUGCGGGAUCACGGCAUCAAGGCGUUCAGCAUGCACGAUGUCGAUCGCCAUGGGAUUGGCAGGGUCGUGGAUAUGGCGCUCGGGUGGAUUGGACGCGAUACGCCGAUUCAUCUGUCGUUUGACGUGGAUGCGUUGGAUCCUAUGUGGGCUCCUAGCACGGGGACGCCUGUGAGAGGCGGGUUGACGCUGCGGGAGGGGGAUUUCAUCGCGGAGUGUGUGCAUGAGACGGGGAAUCUUGUGGCGUUGGACUUGGUGGAGGUGAAUCCGAGUUUGGAGGAGCAUGGUGCGCCGGAGACGGUGAGGGCUGGGUGUUCGAUUGUGCGGUGUGCUUUGGGGGAUACUUUACUCUGA